CUUCAAGGCGUGCAACUAUACUUUUAAGAAAUUACUUGAGUUUCGUUUUCUAAACUAUUCAUUUGCUUGCAGCAAUAGUGGCGGCUUGAAAAAGCGAACAUUGCGAAAGGAUAAAGCGAAGGAUGGCUACGUAGCAAUAAAAUAGUAUUACAUGGGUGAAGACUGCACAUUUUCGCCUUCAGCGAAAGGCUACCAUCCCUUUUCUUUCCUGCACCACGCCCUUGGUUACGAAGGUAAAGGGGCUGAGAAAAAAAGCAUCAGCGUGACGUUUGACUCGAGUGAUUUAGCGUCGACGUUUACUUUUUUUACGAUAAGUGCACCACACCAUAUGCAAUCUUAAAAAGACGUGUUGGAUAGAUACGCUUUAAGUUUUC